AUGGGUUCCAGCAACCGGCAAACGGUGUGUCUUGUCAUAAGGAAUCUUGUGUCAUGGAGGUUUUUGGAACAAUUGGAUCCGAGGCUAGUCAUGGGUUCCAGCAACCGGCAAACGGUGUGUCUUGUCAUAAAGAAUCUUGUGUCAUGGAAGUUUCUGGAACAAUUGGAUCCGAGGCUAGCCAUGGGUUCCAGCAACCGGCAAACGGUGUGUCUUGUCAUAAAGAAUCUUGUGUCAUGGAAGUUUUUGGAACAAUUGGAUCCGAGGCUAGUCAUGGGUUCCAGCAACCGGCAAACGGUGUGUCUUGUCAUAAAUCAACAGCAGCCACAUCACUACAACGAUAAACAGCUACCGGGUUGA